AUGGAAAUGGAAGAUAAAGGACAUAGAUGCGGAGACUGCGGAAAAAUAUACAAAAGCAAAAGAAACCUCAAUCGUCACCGGAAUGUUAGUCAUGCCGAUAACAUCAAAGUCAAAUACUGUCACAUCGACGGGUGUGAACGGUCAUUCACACGAACAGAAUACCUAAAACUUCACCUAACGAGGGUUCAUAAGUUAUCCAUUGAGACAGCUAGAGGAAUGGCAAAAGAUGCAGUGUACAAUCAUUUAGAAAGGGACAACCAUGAUAACGCCACAAAGUCGUUGUUCGACCUAAUAGAGGAAAUUUCCAGUCCAGAGAGUCCACCACAUAUCCCGGAUCAGGCCAUGGGCUAUCCAACACCUGUCGGAAGUCCGAGGGACAAUUAUGGAUGCGAGAUUAAUUCGGAGAGUGAACCAGAAGAAGAGUCUAUGAAUAGUACACCAAGUUCUCCUCAUUCGCCGAAUAAUUUCGAUGACGGUACGUCAAGUUUCGAUGACGAGGAGGAGAACUGUAGUGUGUCUGACAGGAGAGAGAUUCUCUCUGAGGAAACCUUCACAAUCAAAUUAAUGACCCGCACGGUACGGGAAGGAAACUCUGUGACCACAGAAAGAAACCAAAUUUUCGAGGCGAGGUGUAAUGGUCGACAAGUUCCACCAUACAAUGUCGACUGGAACAGUUUUUUCACGUUCUUAAAGGACGAAAUUAGUGAACAUUCCGAUAAACAAUAUUCCAGAAACGCGGAAGAUGUUGAAGAUUUAGACCAGUGA